ACUACAUCACCACCACUACACCACUACAUCACCACCACCACUACAUCACCACCACCACCUUAUUCACCACCACCACUGUCGCCAUGCUGUGCCGAAUGGCCCCGCGUCUCCUCCUCCGCACCGCCGCCGCUGCUGCUGCUGCCCCGAGUCCCGGGGUGAGGAGCGGGCACCGCCUGCUGCUCACCAAGUCCCUCACCAACAGCAACAGCAGCAAGGCAGCGUCCCCCCUCCCCCCGCUCUGCUCCCCCCUCCCGGGCCGCUGGGGUCUCCGCUCCGUCUCUGGCGGCGGCGUUGACGGCGUUGGUGGUGGCGUUGGUGGUGGCGUUGGUGGUGGCGUUGGUGGUGGCGUUGGUGGUGGCGUUGACGCCAAGCUGGAGCAGCGCAGCGUGACGUUUGUGCAGCUUCGUGAGCUGGUCCGCGCCGGCGAGGCCUACGUGGUGGACGUCCGCGAGCCCUGGGAGAUCCGGGAGUACGGGGGGCUACCCGGGGCCAUCAACAUUCCCUUGCUGCAGCUGGAGGAGUCCCUGCGCCUGCCUGCGAGUGAGUUUGAGCGCCGCUACUCGCGAGCGCCACCGUCGCGCUGCGGUGAGAGCCUGGUGUUCUCAUGUCUAGCCGGAGUGCGGAGCCUCCACGCCCUCACCACGGCCACACGGCUAGGGUACUCGCGUGCCGUCCACUUCCCUGGAGGGUGGGAGGAGUGGUCCAAGAAGGAGAAAAAAUGAGCAGCAAGGACUCCAAAGCACUUGCCCAUCACUCACCAUCACUCACCAUCACUCACCAAGCACUCACCAUCACUCACCAGCACUCACACUAUAAUUUACACCAUCACAACAACCACUGUUCGCCACUAAGUGGCGGUGACGUCACCACG